AAUAUAAACAUCCUUCUUCAAAAAUGUAAUAGAUAGAACACAAUCUUCAGUAACCGGGUGGACCUCCGAGCUUCUCACGGUUAAGAUCCUUUUUCCUUUUUCUUUUUUUUUUUUAGUUAUCAGAUUCCCGUAUUUUCCACUUCCCAGCCGGCAGCCGCUGCAACAAACGAAGGAAUGACGACGGCGACCGCGACGGCAACGCCUUGCGUGGCUCACUUGGUUGGCCGUUCCACCGCUCGUCUUCAAUACUCUAUAGGCGCUCCUCUUCUUUUCCGAAACGCGGCAUUUUCGACCAAGAAGAGUAACAAGAACAAGCUCUCAUCAAGAAAAUCUUGCUCUACCUCUAUUAUGGCCGCCUUACCUUUCGAACUCUUCCCUCCCCCCAUCGAUCAUGACUUCCUAGAUACGGUUACAGCUGAAGGAGCGAAGGUUUCUGAGGAAGGAAUAAUAGAAACUUUUGAGAAUGAUGAUGAAGCUUUGGAUGCAUUUGAUAAUGGGGUGGUGGUUAUGGACCUUUCCCAGUUUGGACGGAUAAGAGUCAGUGGAGAUGACCGUAUUCAGUUUCUUCACAACCAAACUACUGCAGAUUUUGAAUGUCUUAGUGAAGGACAGGGAUGUGAUACAGUUUUUGUUACGCCAACAGCGAGGACGAUAGAUAUUGCUUAUGCAUGGAUUAUGAAAAAGGCAGUAGUAUUAGCGGUCUCACUCGAGACCUGUGGAAACAUAACUGAAAUGCUCAAUAAGUACAUAUUUUUCGCUGAUAAGGUAGAGAUUCAAGACAUCACCAAGCAAACUUGCUUAUUUGCUCUAGCAGGUCCAAAAAGCAACCAAGUGAUGGCUAAUUUGAAUCUCAGUGAUCUUGUUGGACAACCAUAUGGCGCAAAUCGACAUUACAGCGUGAAUGGUAUGCCUCUAACUGUUGGGGUGGGAAAUAUAAUUUCUCAAGAAGGUUUUUUGUUGAUGAUGUCACCAGAGACAGCCGGAUCAGUCUGGAAAACUCUUCUUUCUCAGGGUGCUAUUCCAUUGGGUUUUAAUGCCUGGGAAAAACUAAGGGUUAUACAAGGACGACCAGCUCCUGGAAAGGAGCUCACUAAUGAAUUUAAUGUUCUGGAGGCUGGUCUUUGGAACUCAAUUUCUAUAAACAAGGGCUGUUAUAAGGGGCAAGAGACAAUAUCAAGACUCAUUACGUAUGAUGGAGUUAAACAGAGACUAUGGGGAAUUCAUUUGUCAGCACCAGUAGAACCUGGCAGCCCAAUUACAGUUAAUGGGAAGAAGGUUGGAAAGCUGACAAGCUAUACCACUGGAAGAAAGGAAUCUGACCAUUUUGCUUUAGGCUACAUCAAGAGGCAAGCAGCUUCGUGUGGGGAUACUGUGGUGGUUGGAGAAAAUAUUCUUGGGAAAGUGGUGGAUGUUCCUUUUCUUUCUCAGCAAUCUCCUCCAAAGAAAUCCAGUCCUUGACUUAACAGAAAUUGUACCGAUAUAACUACUACUUUUGCAUGCCUUGAUUUCUUGUCAUUCUUCAAUGGUAUGCCAUGAACACGUUUUUCUUUUUGUAUAAUUCUUUUUUUAAUCAUUUCCCAUCUUGUUGGUAUGGUGGUCUUCAUAAAUAUGUAUUAAGACUUGCAUCUUUUUUAUUUUUAUAGUGAAAGGAAAACUUUAGUAAA